UAACAAAAAUAAAUGUUAAUAGAGGAGAGCUAUUGUAGAGCAGAUGAGGAAAAUUAUGAUUUCUGCUGCUGCUUUUGGUCGGUGGAGCAGGAGAAGAAGGCACUAGUAGAGGAGAUGAGGAGUAGAAGGCAAUUGUUGUUUAGUGGACAAGGAAGAUUUUGAUUUAAAAAUCUCAAACCAAAUCCAUAACAAAAAUAAAUGUUAGCAGAGGAGAGCUAUUGCAGAGGAGAUGAGGAAAAUUCUGAUUUAUGCUGCUGCUGCUUUUGGUCUGUGGAGCAGGAGAAGAAGGCAGCAGUAGAGGAGAUGAGGAGUAGAAGUUUAGUGAAGCAAGGAAGAGGUGAUCGGCAGUCAACAGAGGAGAUGAGGAGGACGUGCUCAACGGAGGAGAUGAGGUAGACGAAGAGAUUUAAACAGAAUAGAUGAGGUAGAUGAGGUAGAUGAAGACGAUCGACAGAAGAGAAGAAGCACAGUGACAAAGGAGAUAUCGAUGGACGAUGGACGAAAGAGAAGAUUUGUUCUUCUGCAGUUCUGUUGGUUUUUUGAGUUUUGCAUUUGUUUCCCGCUUUCCCGAUUCUUAGGGAUUUUACUUUUUAGCUUAAUUGAUUUUUAAUUUAAGUUAAAAACUUAAAAUUAAAAAGUUAAAAAACUU